AUAAAUCCAUUGAUCGAGCUCCGUCUCUGCGGCAUCGAAGCCACGAUGGAACCCUCGAAUAGAAGAAAUCAAAAGAAGCGAGAACUCUGUUGAAUUUUACUUCAAUAGAAAUGCUUUCGUGGUAAUCGUUGCACUGGAGCUCCAUGAGCGAAACAAUCAUAUGGUCUAGAUAUGAAGGGCCGGAAGAAAGAAGGGGUUCCAACUCUGUAUUACAAAUUUGUGUGUUGAUGCUUGAGUUGAAUUUGUGUUCGUGUUUGUCGGCACCCAAAAUAUUCGUGCAUGCAAAUGAGAAACAUGGGAAAUUUUUAGGAUCAUAGAGAUUCGUACAUAAUUGAUCAUAAGCUUUUUUUUUUCUAUUGGCAAAAUUAACUUGUAAUUUUCCUUGCACUUCUUGGUUUCAAAGACUGUCACUUAGCUAUUUUUUAUCUGAAUUCCUAUCUAUGAUAUGUGUGUUCCUCCCGCGAGAUGCACAGACUUGUCGUACUACGAUGAUAUAGGGUUCGUGCAAGUACAAAUUUCAUGCCAUUAUGUCUCACUGCUUGCUAACUUCUGAAGAGUACUGGAUUUGGUUUCUGGUUAAAGAUGAAUACCGUUCAAUCUAAUUUCUCUGCUAAUAGAGUGGUCUCUCUGAUUGGACCCACUGCAAGAAAUGUCAGAACCUCUUCUUUCAGUACUGCAAGGAAGAUGAAAGCUACAUGUUUACAUGUUUCUCCACCAUUUGGUCUCCGGCAAGACAAGCUGUACCCAAGAUUUGUUUAUGAUGUCCUGAAGAAUGAAGCUUCAGUGCAUGCAUUUGGCAAAAAUGGGGACUCUAAGAGUGAAAAUGAGCCUUUUUCAUUGGAAUCACCAAAGAAAGCUACAGGCAAUUUUAGAAGAGAGCUAACUGUGCAGGACUUGUUGAGGGAGUGGAUGAAGGGAAGACAAUUUGGUGGAAACGGAGGUUAUGGGAAUUCGUUUGGGGGUGAUGGUGAUCCUUCGGGUGGUCCAGAGACCGAAGGGUCUGCAGGACAAUUUGAUGAACUCUUUCAAGUGAUCAUGGCAACUAUUGGUGUAAUAUUUCUGUAUACACUUAUAACCCGUGGCGAGGAACUGAUCCGUCUUGCUAGAGACUACAUCAAAUAUCUUUUAGGUGCUAAAGCCAGCACCAGGUUGAUCCAUUCAAUGGAGAAAUGGCGUAGGUUUUUUUAGAUUGUCACCUGCAAGGGGGUGUUGUGAGAGAAAUAUCAUAUACUUGGCUCAUGUCAAAGAUCAUUCCCAUGCUAAGGUGGUAGCAUAAGCCUGG